AUGAAUACAUUCGUAAAAUCAAGCAAGCCUGAAUAUGAAUACCAGACCCCGGGCCGCCUGGCGUUGAUGAUGAUGCCCAGGCUCAGGGUGAAGAAGGCGGCAAAAGACGGCUAUCAUGACGAACUUGAUCUUGAGUCCGGCCACAAAGCAGAGCCCCAGGAUGGAUCCUACGAGCAGCUCGGCCGCAAUCAGGGUGCUGAUGAUGUUGGCCCAUCUCGAGUGACUUUUCGUGGAAGCGACUGA